GAGGGAAGACAGCUCCCAUCGAUCGAAAGGCGUCCAUCUGCUUGUAGAAGGUUUCGAGUGUGCUUGUUAUAGUUAUUAUUGUUACCGUGAAUUGGACGCCAUGUCGAGCCCUGCCGAUUUAGUUGCGAAGGCCAAGCUGGCUGAACAAGCUGAGCGUUAUGAUGAUAUGGUUACAUAUAUGACAAAAUUAGUGGAAUCAACUAAGGAGGUCCUUUCUGACGAACAGAGAAAUCUACUUUCAGUGGCUUACAAGAACGUGGUAGGAGCAAGAAGGUCUGCCUGGCGAAUUAUUUCGAACUUAGAGGAUAAGGCAGAGGGUGACGAAGUUAAAAAGGGAAUUGCGAAGAGUUAUAAGCAGACCGUGGAAGGUGAACUGAAGGAAAAGUGCAACGAAGUCCUUAAAUUGAUCAAAAAUCUACUGGCUGUGGUGGAAGAUGCUACGAACCAAGAAGAAGCUAAAGUUUUCUACUACAAGAUGCAAGGAGAUUACUAUCGCUACCUUGUGGAGAUCGAGGAUAAUGAUUCAGAUGAUAGGAAGACGCUGAGCGAAGAAUCUAAAAAAGCUUAUGAACAAGCUAAUGAGGAGAGUAAAAAAUCUUUGUCAGAAACGAACCCCAUCCGCCUUGGAUUGGCGCUGAAUUUCUCUGUGUUCUACUACGAGAUCGAAAACAACUCCUCAAAGGCAUGCGAGCUGGCAAAAACGGCCUUCGACGAUGCGAUAGCUAAACUGGACGACGCAAAAGAAGAUUCUUACAAAGACAGCACCCUGAUAAUGCAACUUCUCCGCGAUAAUCUAACUCUGUGGCAGUCAGAAGAAGAUGGUGAGCAACAGGGAGACGAUUGAUAAAGGAGUUUGGAAGCGUUUGUGUACUUUAGACUACAAACUCAGCGCUGAGAAUGACUGAGUGGUUUUCAUUGGAAAGAAUAUUCACUUACUAAUUAAGAGUCGAUAGAAGCGGUGACGGAAAUCAAUACUUUUGCUUACUGGUUCUUUCCUGACCAGUUCCUUCACUCAUGUUUAGAUGUCAUUGAUUUGGUGUAGCGCAAGAUAGACCUCUGGAAGUUUUCAAAGCUUUUACAUAAUUAACGGUGAAUGCCAUCUCAGCUAAUAUUAAGACAGAAAUAUGUGAAUUAUACGUCAAGAAAGCAACGUUCUUAUGGUGUAUAGUGUAAUCUUGUUUGCAUAUAACAUUAUAAAAAAAUUGUAAAGUUAAUUCAAAGUCAAUUACGAUGCAAUUCUUUAAUGUGCUACACUUUGUUGUUUGUCUAAGUCCUAGAUCUCCGAUGCUGCUCACAUUAGGCAUACUUACUAAAGAAUGGAAUACAUUAUAGAUUAAUUAAAGUGUGACUCUGAAAAGUUUCGUGGUAUGUCACUAGGAAGCGCUAUUUAAUGGUAAUAUAUAAUUAAGGUGAAAUAUCGUGCUUGUUUAUAUUGACGUUUAAUUCUGAGCACUUAGUUGAUAGUAUAACAUAAGCACUUUACUGUUGGAUAAUUUUUCGUGUACUCAGGGUGAAUGAAUAUUUUUUCCGGUAGUUUUUUUCUCUACUUUAUUUCUGUGAAACUGUUGACCACUAUGGCAAGGUGACUUGCCAGCAUGAACAGUGAAUUUGUUGUAAGUGGAUUUUGUUUAAUGGAGGGAAUUUUUUGCUCUCUUCUCCUGAGAGACUCAUGGCUUAAAUCUGCUAGGUUUUUUUUUUCAUAUGGUAGUGAUCAACAUAGUGGUAGUGAUGAGGACAGAGUUAACUGUACUACCAACCAAGCUUUUUUUCUCCAUUUUUGAUAUGAUUUAUCAGGUAGUGAUUCAGAGCAGGGUCAUCCAGUUUUUUUGGCCACUGAAAAUCAGAGUUGAUUUUUUUACUGAUCUGUAAUUUCUGAAAAUGUGACUGCUAUAAUCAAUGUUAGUUUGGCUGUGAAUUACAUAAGAAUAACCACUCUGAUACUUUUUUUUUUUAAUUGAAUAUUACCUAAUUGUGAGAAAAUUGCCAAAUAAUUAAUUAUGUAAUUUAGGUAGCAUUAUUAGGAAUUAUAUUAUACAUU